UAUUUAUUCAAAAUUGUUGUUUAAUAUCUACAGUGUGCUGUUAUAAAAAUGCCUGAUUUAUUUUUAUUAUUUGUCUUAUGCCCAUAUUUUCAUUAAUUGUAAUUAUUGAUAUUAUCAUUUUUAUUAUAUAUAAUAAAUUGUCUGAUCUAACUGCUUAAUGUUUCUCUGUCUGUCUACUUUUAAAUUUAAAUCGCGUCUACUCUUUACCAUCCUGGUCUUGUUGAUUAUUGCACCAUUAAUCGGUCAUUAUUAUCUUUCAAAGGAAGAAAAAGAUGGAUUUGAAAAUUCUUAUAACACACAUUCAAAACUGGAAGUUCACGGGGACUACGGUGUUUUUAGAGCUACCGACUUGAAACAUAGAAUAGCUGAAUUAAUUAGAAUAAAAAAUUCUGUAAAUAAUGAACUAAGAAAUAUUGAAGGAAAACGGCAAAAACUUCUUAGUGAACUUGCUCUUAACCAUAAAAAAAUUGAGGAUUCUAAAGCAGAACUUGUACGGCAAGAAGCAGAAUUAGAAAAAUUAAAAAUUUCUGUGAAACAAGCUCAAGUUGCAGAAAAUGAAGCUAUUAUACAGAAUUCUCCCAACCUUGCUCCACCAAGAAUUUUAUUACCUCAAAAUCCUCCUUCAUUUAUACCUUUAUCUGUAAACACACAUUAUACAUGUCGUAAUAUGAAAAAUUGUUUUGAUUAUUCUCGCUGCUCAUUAACUUCAGGAUUUCCAUUUUAUUUUUAUCUCCCUGAAGAAUUACCUGAAUUAGUUUCUACGUCAUUGAAUAAAAUUGUUUUUCAAGUUUUACGCUAUAACCCACAUUUUACAAACAGUUCAAAUAACGCCUGUGUGUAUGUAGCUUUAAUUGGUGAAACUCAUAAUUUUAUUAACAUAACUCAUUUAGAUCAUCUUUCUUUUUGGGGCGGUGAUGGUAGAAAUCAUAUAUUAUUUUAUUUAAGUAAAAAUAUCUAUAACAAACCAAAUUUUGAUCUAAAUAUUGAUUUUGGACGUGCCAUACUUGCUCAGUCUGUUUGGAAUGAAAAGAAUUUUCGUCCCGGUCAUGAUAUAAUUUUGCCUGUUAGUUUUGGACCACCUGGUGGAGAAGUAUGGAUGGAUUCUCCAUACAUGUUACCAGCUAGAAGGAAAUAUUUGUUAUCUUUUGAAGGAUAUAAAAAUAUUAACACUACCAAACGGCAACAACAUUUUGUUGAUAUGUUACAAAAGUUUAUAACUCAAACAACUGUUGAUCAGUUUUACAUAAUAACUGAUUGUGAGAAUCAAAGAGUUGAGAGUAAUAUCACUGAUUGGUGUUUGUGUGGUGAUGAAACUAAACGUAAAGUUUUUAUUUCUCAGUCAACUUUUACAUUGAUUCCAGCACCUUUAGAUAAUGACAUGAUAUCUACAGUAAUGAUGCAAACCCGUAUUUUUGAAUCACUUAAAUUUAGUGCUGUUCCUGUAUUUUUAGAAUAUGACAGAAUUGGAUUACCUUUUGAUGAAGUUAUUGAUUGGUGUAGAGCUGCUAUAUGCAUAGCAGGGGAGAGAAUUCCAGAACUUCAUUGGUUGUUGAGAACUAUACCUGAUAAUGAUAUUCUCUUAAUGCGACGACAGGGUAGAAUGCUCUACGAAAAAUAUUUUGGUACUAUUCAAGCUAUUUUGGAUACAACUCUUGCUGUUAUACGUAACAGAAUUGGUAUACCUCCCUUGCCAGUAAUUGAUACACCUUCACCAAGUAUAUUCAAUGAAAAUUUUAAACCGAUUAAAAUGGAUCCAAUUAUACCGGAUGCUGAACCCGAAGAAAGUUUAGGUCCCUUAGAGCAACCUUUUAACUCUCCAGUUUUUAAAAGAAAUUAUACAAUUAUGAAUGUUCAAGGUUAUGAACUAUGGAACAGUUGGGGAGAUCCAUUUAAACUUUAUCCCCAUACGCCUUUUGAUCCAUUGCUUCCAUCAGAUGCAAAAUUCAUUGGUUCUGGUAAAGGUUUUCGACCAAUUAACAAUGGUGCAGGCGGAGCAGGAAAAGAAUUCUGUCAAAGUCUUGGUGGAAACUCCCCUCGAGAACAGUUUACAAUCGUUAUACUUACUUACGAACGUGAUCAAGUACUUAUGAAUUCUCUUAGUCGCUUACAUGGUCUGCCUUAUUUAAAUAAAGUACUUGUUGUGUGGAAUUCUCCUAAACCUCCUCUUGAAGACUUACGAUGGCCUGAAAUUGGUGUACCUAUACAUGUUAUUCAGGCAGCUAAAAAUAGUCUUAAUAAUAGAUUUUUGCCUUAUGAAGCAAUCGAAACUGAAGCUGUCUUGUCAGUUGAUGAUGAUGCUCAUUUAAGGCAUGAUGAAAUUAUGUUUGGUUUCAGGGUUUGGAGAGAACAGCGUGAUAGAGUUGUUGGUUUUCCUGGACGUUUUCAUGCAUUAGACCUUAAUCAUGGUGGUUGGCUUUAUAACUCAAAUUACAGCUGCGAAUUGUCUAUGGUUUUAACAGGCGCAGCAUUUGUACAUAAAUACUAUUUAUAUUUAUAUUCAUACUGGCUACCUCAAGCUAUUCGCGACAAAGUGGACCAAUAUAUGAACUGUGAAGAUAUUGCAAUGAAUUUUUUGGUAUCUCAUGUCACCAACAAACCUCCUGUAAAGGUAACAUCUAGAUGGACUUUUCGUUGUCCAGGUUGUCCUGUUUCACUUUCUGAAGAUGAAACACAUUUCUUAGAACGCCAUAAAUGUAUCAAUUUUUUUACAGAGAUAUUUGGAUAUACACCUCUUCUAAAUACACAGUUUCGAGUUGAUUCAAUUCUUUUUAAAACUCGAAUACCACACGACAAACAAAAAUGUUUUAAAUUUAUUUGAAAUAUGAUAGAAGAAUAAGAUCAAAAUUAAAUAUAUGAUUUUUUCAGUCCACGUUCCGUAGAGUUUGGGUCAUGUAUUUAUAUGAUUUAACAAGACUGAUAAUUUUAAAUUUAAUUAAAAUUAUUUACCCUUUGGACUUUUCUUGACUAAUGUAAUUGAUAAAUUAUUAAUAUACACAGAGAAAAUAUGUAUACUUUUGUGACACAAAUGAUUACACCAUUUUUAUGUGAUAAAAGCUUUAUUAUUAUAAAUUAAUAAUUAAAUGUUUUAAA